AUGUUCGCCAUCCAGCCGGGACUGGCCGAGGGGGACCAGUGCCUGGGGGGCCCUCACUCUGGAGUAUGUCAGCCCGAGCUCCAACCAGACAGCAACUCCAACUUCAUGGCAAGUGCCAUGGAUGCCAAUGAGAACUGGCAUGGGAUGCCGGGCAGAGUGGAACCCCUCCUGACCAGGAGCUCCUCCGAGUCUUCCUCUGACAACAAGGCCUUCCAGGACUCUGGAACUCCUGAGGAUGGUGUUCGCAGCCCCCCAGAAGGGGCAGAGAUUCCUGGGGCUGAGCCUGAGAAGAUGGGUGGUGCUGCCGUCUGCUCCCCUCUGGAGGACAACGGCUAUGCCAGCAGCUCCCUGAGCAUCGACAGCUCUAGCAGCAGUCCUGAGCCUGCCUGUGGAACUCCUCUAGGCCCUGGCCCUCCAGAUCCCCUCCUGCCCUCGGUGGUCCAGGCUGUGCAACAGCUGCAGGCUCAGGAGCGCUACAAAGAGCGGGAGAAGGAGAAGCACCACGUGCACCUGGUGAUGUACCGUCGCCUGGCACUGCUCCAGUGGAUCCGGGGCCUGCAGCACCAGUUGGUUGACCAGCAGUCCCGUCUACAGGAGAGCUUCGACACUAUUCUAGACAACCGAAAGGAGCUUAUCCGCUGUUUCCAGCAGAGGGCAGCACCAUCCAGGCCCCAGGACCAGGGCUGAGGGUGUGCCUCCCCAAGUGUGAAAGUACAUAUGUAUAUUUGCAGGUGUGUGAGUGAUUGUGCACAAGUAAGUCCGUGACUAUCUGCUGGCGUGAGUGCAGAUAAGACUGUGUUAGCACAUACACAGGUGUGUGCAGGCAUGUGUGAAUGAGCUUAAGUAUGCUAUGUAUGUACAUGUGUACACACAAGCCAGUUCAUAUUCAGACCUAUGUGUGAGUGUGUAAGAGUGAGCAUGUGUGUGGCAGGUAUGUAAGAGUGAAUAAAUUUGUAUGUGCAUAUGUAGAAAGGCACCAGCGGUGUUUGUGUGUGUGUAUGUGUACAAGUAUGAGUACAUGCAUGAGGAUGUGCAGAAGAUGCGAGUACAUAUGAGUGAGUUUGUAUAGGCUUGUGUUGGUGUAUGUGGGUAAGCCCUUGUAUGCAGACCUGUGUGGAGGGGUGCCUGUGUGCAGGUGCAGGCAUGGGAAAUGCUUGUUCAGGGCAUGUGUGCUUGCAGGCAGACUCACAAGCAGUCAUGUGCAAAUAUAUAUUCACUUGCAA